AUGGAAGAAGAAAGAGCAGAGACCUUUAAUGAUUUAACCGCUGAUGAUAUAAAAUCUUAUAUGGAAAAUAAAGAAUUUGAUAAUGUUAUAAAAUUAACAAAAAAUAUUUAUGAUAAUGAUAUGAAUAAUAAUGAUGUUUUUUUGAAAGCUCGAUAUUCUUGCUUAAUAGAGCGAAAUCAAUAUGACAAAAUAAUAUAUGAAAUUAUGCAUUGUUUAAUAAAAUUAGAUAAGAAAAAAAACCGAAAAAAAGGAAAUAGUAAUUUUAAGAAGAUAUUUCAAGAGAAUUAUAAAGAAAUUCAGAAUAAGAAUGUAUUAUUUGAAUUAUUUUAUUCUAUGUAUAAAUUAAGGAAAUUUAAAAAAUUAUAUGGUUGUUUAAAAUAUUUUAUAGAAAAUGAAAACAAGUAUCAAGAUUUUAUAGAUAUGUUAUAUGCACAAGUAAAUAUUAUAUUACAUAAGUAUAAUAAUAGUAUACAUUAUUUUGAAGUUUUAUUAAAUAAUAAAUCAAGACAAACUACUGCUCAUGUAAAUUUAAAUAGUAGUUAUUUUUCUCAAUUUAUGAAAUUUAUGUAUACAUAUAAUUUUUUGAGGAGAUCUAAAAAGGAAAAAACAAAUAAAAAUAAUAAUAACAAACUAAAUAAUGGAGAUGAUUAUCAGAAGGAUGAUGAAAAUGCUGUUGAAACUUUUUACGUCGAUGGAGAACGUUUGGAUACCAAUGAUAUUGAAGAAUUAAAAAAUCAAAUAAUUAGAUCAACAAAAAAUUUUAAUUAUGAACAGAAUCAAAAUUUUGAAGAGAUUUUUAAUUAUACUACUUUUUUUAUUAUGGAAAAAAAUUAUUCUGAAGCUAUGAAAUUUAUAGAAGUUUUAGAGGACAUGUGUUUAAAUAUUGAAUCGGAUAAUGAAAUCAAUGAAAGUAAAGAUAUAAAUAGCAAUGAAGAUGAAGAGAUUACUGACGGCAUAAAGGAUACAAACAGCAAUAAUAAUGAUAAUAAUGAUAAUAUAAAUCAUAAUAAUAAUAAUAAUAAUAAUUAUUACGAUUUGAACAUAAAUUUUUGUAGGAAAGAAAUUUUUAUACAAUUACAAAAAGCUUAUAUCUAUUCAAAAAUGAAAAAAAUAAAAGAAUCUAUUAGAAUAUAUGAACGAAUAUUAAAUCAAUAUGACAAUGUAAAAAAUAAUAAAAUUGUUAUUUUAAUUGCUUAUAAUAAUUAUAUUGCUUUAAUGCAUAAUGAUAAUCAGCUGAAGUUAGAUAUUAAACAAAAUAAAAAUAUCCAAGAUCAAUAUGCUUUAACAUUUCAUAUAAGUGUAGAAAAAUUAUCUGAAAUAAAAAAUUUUCUCUUUACAAAUAAUAUAAUGGAUAAACAAGUUCAAAUGAAUAAUAGUAAUAAUAAUAAUAAUAAUUAUAGUAAUAAUAAUAAUAUUAAUAAUCAUCAUAAUAAUAAUUAUUAUACAAAUAUAACUACACAUUCUAAUAGCAUAUUUAAUAAUAUGAAUGAAUUCAUGUUUAGUACCAUAUGUUUUAAUGAAUGCAUCGCACAUUUAACAAGUGAACAAAAAGACGAAUUUAAAAUGAAAUUGAAAUGUUUUUCAACACGUUUUAGCAACUCUAUUUUAUUAGAUAAACUUAUUAUUUUAGAAUUAAAAAAUAGAAAUUAUAUGAAAUGUAAAUCUUAUAUAUAUAAUAGAAUUAAUUUAAUGAAUUCAUUUGAAAAUCAGAUUAAAUUUAUUAAUGCAUAUAUUUACCUUUGUUAUGAAAAAAAGAACUUUAAAGAAAUUGUAAAAAUAUAUUUAAUGUAUGAAUAUCUAUUUCAAAAUAAUGUAAAACAUUAUAGUUCCUUCUUUACUAACCUCUUUUAUAUAUAUAUAUGUUGUACAGAUUAUUAUACAAAAGAUGAACAUGGUGAUCAAAAUAUAGUUCAUGUAGAAAAAACAAAGAAACAAACAGAUCAAAUAUAUGAAAAUAAUAAUAAUAUACAUAAUCUUACAAAUAAUUUAUCUUUAGUAUUAGAUUUAUUUUAUAAAUAUAAAGAAAUCAUACAAGAAAAUCCAGAUAUUAUAAAUUAUGAAACCUUAUAUUUAGUAUGUAAAUAUCUAUUACAUCAUAAUAAAGAGCAACUAGUUCAAGAACUUUUUGAUUAUUUAUGUGAACAUGAAAAAAAUAAUUUAGAUUUUAUAGCAUGCUUUACAUAUAUAUAUACAUAUAUCAAUGUAUCUAAUGCAUAUACAUACGAAAAUAAAUUAAAGAAGCUUGUAUUAACAGAAACAUAUCUUAUUGAUGUUGAAGAAUUGGAAAAUACAAAUAUACCAUUCGAUAAAAUAAAUCUAAAUAAUAAUAUAUCUCAUAUGAACGAUAUCCAAGUAGAAAAGAAAAAAAAUAGAAAAAAACGUAAGAGAAGUUGUAAGAAAAAAAAAUUAACAGACCCAAGUAGUGCCAACCUUAAUCCUGAUCGAUGGUUACCUAAACAUGAAAAACCAGAAUUUAAAAAAUUAAAAAAAAAAAAAAAAAAAAGUGAAACCCUUAAACAAAAGGUAGUAGUAGAAGUUGAAGAAACCAAAACAACACUCAAACAAAAUAAAUUACAAAAUUUGAAAAAGAGAAGAAAAAAGUAA